AUGUGCACUACACCUCCAUUCUCGCGCCCGCCGCCGACGCAGCACAGCGUGACACUAUCAUAUCCCGCGCCGUACACGCUGCUGGUCACCAUCGACCGGGCGAAGAGCCACAACUCGUUACCCUUGGAGGCGUCGUACGAGCUGGAGGCGCUCUGGCAGUGGUACGAUGCCGAGGACAGCUUACGGGUGGCCAUCAUCACAGGCGCGGGGACGAAGGCGUUUUGCACGGGCAUGGAUCUCAAAGGCAGGGCACCCGGGUGGCGCCGCUUUGCCCUGGCCUACAGCUUCUGA